GGGCGCCUUAGGGAGGGUGCGGCUGCCUCGGAGGGGUCUCUCCCGGCCGCCGAGAGCCGGAUGGGUGCUCGGCUGUUAUUUGCUGCUGCGAGAUCGGGUCGCUGGUAAAUUACAGAAAGCAGCCCUCCUCCUCCUCCCCCCCCCGCUCCCCGCCAGGCGCUUCGCUCUUCCUCCUCUCGGGUUUAUUUGCAAUGUAUGAAACUUGCAUGGAUGUGAGGACAGCCGAUCCAGUGUGGGUUUGCGAGGAGGAGGAGGACGGGGAAGGAAGGGUUGGAGGCAGGGGAGAAGGAGGCAGUCGCGUUAAUCCCGGGCGCCGCACGGCAGCAGGUUUGCGUUAGGAAUAUCGGUGGCAGCCCGCUGCCGCUGCUGAAUGAGGAAGGUAAAACGAAGCGAUCCGAGAGCCGCCGAGGCGACAUGCACGGCGGCGGGGCGAGAGGCACCGGCAGGCGGCUGCCCGCCCCCUCCCUCCCUGCCUGCUGCCUCCUCCCUCCCUCCCCGCCGGGGCGGGGAAGGACCGUGCCCGGGUCUCCCCCGCUCGCCGCCAGCCGAGCCGGGGGGGCGCGGGGCUUUAACCGUGUGCGGGGCGGAUUCGCCACUUUUUCCGGGGGAGGCCCGCGGUUAAAAGUUUUCUGCGGAGGUCACUAUCACAUGACAAAGGCUUUGAGACAGCUUCAUCUUCGUCUGUCUGUAAUUUCCAUUUGCCUUCCUGGAUCUGCUCCAUCCUGGUCACUUACUAAGUGACUUUAAUGCUCCAAAAGUACCCAGGCAACAAGCCAAGAGAAGUCGUCAUGUCAUGUCAGUUCAGGACAAGAUAGAUAAACUGAUGGAGUCACAGUAAUGAAAGGCAGUAGUAGGAAUAAGGAUCACUCAACAGAAGGUGAAGGAACUGGGAAGCGACCAAAAAGGAAGUGUCUUCAGUGGCAUCCCCUGCUUGCCAAGAAACUCCUUGACUUCUCUGAAGAGGAAGAAGAAGAAGAAGAAGAGGAAGAUAUUGAUAAGGUGCCGCUCCUUGGCCCUGAUGGUUUAGAGCAGGAUGCCGAUGAGACUGAAGAUGAUGAGUCGUCAGAGCAACGAGCUCGCCGACCAAUGAAUGCGUUUCUCUUGUUCUGCAAACGCCACCGCUCUCUUGUGCGGAAAGAGCACCCUCGCCUCGAUAAUCGUGGUGCAACCAAGAUCUUGGCAGAUUGGUGGUCUGUUCUAGAUCCAAAAGAAAAACAGAAAUACACUGACAUGGCCAAGGAGUAUAAGGAUGCAUUUAUGAAAGCAAACCCAGGGUACAAGUGGUGCCCCACAACCAACAAACCUGUGAAAACCCAGGCAUCCAGUGUUACGAACAGGAAAAAGCUAUGGGCCAUUGCAUCAGACUCUGCAAAAGACUUACCGAGUCCAAGGAAAGUAACCAAAAGUGAAGAAAUGCCACAACUUAACUUUGGGAUGGCAGAUCCUACACAAAUGGGAGGCCUGAGUAUGCUGCUUCUAGCAGGGGAACAUGCACUUACUGCACAAGAGGUUUCCUCCAGUACUUGCCAGUCUGAUACAUCUAAUUCUACAGAAGCCUGUCAGAAGUCAUCAUUGUUUCAGUUUGCAGAGAUCUCUUCCAACACCUCACAGCCUGGAGUCCUGGGAGCAGUAAAACAAACGGAGGAGUCUGCAUUGUUUCAGUUUGCUGAGAUCUCAUCAAAUACUUCCCAGUUGCCAAGUCCCGAGCCAGUAAAGCACUGUGGGAAGUCAGCACUCUUCCAGUUGGCAGAGAUUUCUUCAAGUACAUCCCAUUCAGGACCUUCUGAUUUAACGAAACAGUGUGGAACAUCAGCAUUAUUUCAGCUGGCAGAGAUGUGCCUUGCUUCAGAAGGAGUAAAAGUGAAAGAACCUGGGAAAACAAAAGUGGAAGCACUGGAAGAUGAGGAAGGGAAAGUUUCAGAGGACAUGGAAGUAGAACUGGAGAAAACAACAGUAAAAGACUCCAGUAAUAGAAAAGUAGAACAAUCAGAGAUAGAAAAAAUGCAAAACCCAGACGAAACAAAAGCUGAGGAAUCAGAAACUGCAAAAUGCAGAGAUUUUACUAGUCUUGCAAUGGAAAACAGUCCUUUUGAGAGAAAGGAUAACACGAAGGAUCACAUGUGCCGUUCUCCAGAGCUUUUCAUGAGUGACAUGACUAUCCUUGGGCUAAAGCCAGAAAAGAUAAAGAAGAAAAAGAAAAAAAAUAAGUUGGACCGGCACACAAAUGAAAAAUCCACUCCCAAAAAAUCUUGUAAAAAGAGGCAGUCCUCCGAGUCAGACAUUGAAAGUGUAAUGUACACAAUUGAAGCCGUGGCCAAGGGGGACUGGGGUGCUGAGAGACUUGCGGAUACUCCCCGCAAAAAAAACCGCCCUGUCUCAAAUGUGAAGGGAAGCAUGUUGGAUACAAAAUCACCAAAGAAAAAAGUGAAAUCAAAAGAAAAGAAAACAUCAAAGGAGAAACCAAUGGAGACCACCAAAGAAUCCAAGCCUCCCGAUUUCCUUAGUAUUGAAGCCGGCAAGGAAGUACCAUGUGAGGCUUCUGAUAACAUUAAAGUGGAACUACUGACCCCAACAGAGGAGGUGGUACCCCAGAGCUUACCAGAACAGAUCAAAACUGAGGACAGUGACUGUGUUAAAAAGAUAGAAACCUGUGGCUCCAGGAAAUCGGAGAGAUCUUGCAAAGGUGCUCUUUAUAAAACUCUGGUGUCAGAGGGCAUGCUCACAUCUCUGCGCGCUAAUGUGGACAGAGGAAAAAGAAGCUCAGGAAAAGGUAACUCCUCAGAUCAUGAAGGAUGCUGGAAUGAAGAAAUCUGGGCCUUUUCCCCAAGUGGGACAAGUGGGAACAAAAAACUGAAAAAGACUAAGCCAAAGGAAGAGUUUGUUUUUGGCUUAGCAAAAUUGGAAGAAGAAUUUGCAAAGAAAUUCAACAGCCUUCCUCAAUACAGUCCUAUUACCUUUGACAGGAAAAAUUCAUCUGUUUCGAGGAAAAAGCGAAAGAUUGGAAGCGGCUCAUGUGAACUACCAAAAUCCAGCAAAGGUUCAUUCCAGUCUCAGAAAAAGAACUUAUUCCACAAAAUUGUCAGCAAAUUUAAGCGCAGAAAGAAGCUUAAUGUUCCGGACACAGCCAUACUAUUAGAAGACAGAAAUUCCAGUGAGAGUGCCUGGAAGAAUAAAAUUUCUAUAUCUGCCCUAAACACUCCAGAGCCAGCAAUGAUGCAUGAGCCUUUAGUUGGCAGCCAGAAAAGGAAAGCAAGGAAAACUAAGAUCACGCAUCUUGUCCGAACAGCAGAUGGGCGAGUGUCACCAGCAGCAGGGACACUGGAGGAGAAGCCAAAAGAGCUGCCACAAAGUACUCUUCAAAAAUCAUCAAGUGCAGAAACAGAUUGCAACAGUGAAUGCUCCAGAAACACAGUGACAGAAGAAAAUCAUAGUAUUACAUCGGAUAUGCCAGCGGUGUCUGCGUUUUUUAGCUUAGCUGCUCUAGCAGAAGUAGCAGCCAUGGAAAAUGUACACAGAAGUCAGAGGGCCACACCUCUUCCACAUGAUGGACAGCCAAAUGAAAUGUCUCAGGCUCCAGUGCUUAUUUCCUGCGCUGACCAGUGAAGCUCCACGUUAUUGUAAAACAUUGUGCUUUACCUAAUAUCCUAGCCUUGUCUUUACCAAGGGAAGCUAGUCAGUCCAUAUGAUGGAACUAGAGACUGCAAUAAAGUGCUUAUUGCUCUGAGUGGCCCAGAAUUCACUGGAAGCCAGACGUUAGCAACUUGGGCCAGGUCCUCAAAUUGGAACCCAGUACGUAGGAGGGUGAUAUGGUCUGUUAAUGAACUGAAAUGGAGUGGAGUGAUCCCAGAGCUUGCUUUCUAUUGAAGGCUUUUAAACAGUAAACAGGUGGUUGGUGUGAAAAAGGCUGCCUUUACUGUUAGCUCACACAGUAUCUCUUUUACCAACCAGAGAGUACGACAACUAGUUUCAUAUAAUAUCUAGUUAUUCUAAAUGAAAAAAAAAAAAAAACCCAACAAAAACACUGACGCACUGCACUAGUUACUAUUAGAUAUUGUUAGUCAUUUUUGUACAUGAAGAUUUAAGUUCUAAGAUGGUUUAUAUUAAUAGGUUAUGCCUACGUUUAUAUUGUAGAAUGAAUUUAAAACCUGUUCCAGAGAACUCAAGGCAGCCUGGACAGAUGUACCAUUGUUAGCGGUGUUUGGGCAGCCACGUGGUCCAGAUGUUCUGCACUUUUAUAUUUGCCACCAGAGUGGUAGAGUUUACUGGGAAAAGUUCUGACAGGCUACAUUUGGGUUUGUUACUUUUUAAUUUAGCUUUGAAUAACCAGGAUGAUGUGCAUUAGAAAAAGGUGUGGUGUAUGGAAAAGAAAAUAUUGCAGAUAAUUGACUUGUCUUUCAUGCCAUGGAGGGUUCCUUUAUUUUUGCAUAGAUAUCUGAGUGACUUGGUAAAACUUUCCUGUAAACAAAAAGUACUGCAAAUGCGUUUUUCAAAAGUGACCUUAGUAUUAUUUCACAGUUCUGAAUAACUUAAAACCAUGAUGUUUCGAUAUAAUGUACACCAAUACACAUACCUUUUACAUUUUACAGACACUGGCAUUGUUGUAGUUACUAUGCACAGUCCAGAUCAGCUUCAGAGUUUGCAUAAAGGGCCAAUUACAGUUCGUGUUGAUAAAGUGGAAAGCUGUAUACAGUUAAACUACAACUGAAGAGUAGCAUUUGACUGGAUUCAGACUACCAAACAGAUCCAUCUGCCAGUUUCUGUCUCUGCUUGUGUUGAAUUUUUGUGUUUUGCUGUCAUAAAUGCAUCCCAAAAGCAGGCCAAAUGUAUCACUUGGCCUGUUACCUUCACUAUUCUGACUUACACUAUUGCAUAACCAAGCAUUGAUUCCUACCAAUAGAUGCAAAAUGAUCACUAGUAAUUGAUCUAAAGCUACAAAUCCAACAGGGUACUUCUUCUAUAGCACAAGAUGUUUCCCUACUUUCUGCAUUGUAGCACAACAAUUUACCAAAUUGGACUCCAGCAAUAAUUUUCUAUUAGCCUUCGUCACACCGGCUGAACUUUUGAUAGUAUUAGAUUGAGUUUGAAGUUCUUUGAAUUAAGUCUUUAAAUGAUGUAAGUUUACAUCAUUCUAUCAGGCAUUCUUAUUUAUACUUGACUGAAUUGAUAAUGUGUUUUGAGGUUAUUUUGUAACUAAUUUGAUGUAAUAGCCAUAUGGACAGUAACUAUUAAUGCUUGCUAGGUUUAGCCUUUCAUUGUUGUAGUUAAGUGAAAGUCUCUGGUUCAGUGUCAGGAAACAAUAUACAGUGUACCACAAGAGUUCGAAGAAAGGAUUAAAGGUCUGACAAAAGGAACGUAGCUGGGGAAGUGUCACUGAAACAGCAACAUCAAGGAUACAUGUGGUGAAAGAAAGGAACAAGAGAAGAACAACAAAAUUUACAAACCAAUGAGUCAGUGAAAAGGCUUUUUUAAAAAUUCAGGUGACUAAAUGUCUAAGAGCCCCUAGAAUGCCAUUGCAGCUUAUGGUGGUAUUUUAAAUAAGAUUUUAUUAAAGUUUUAUAAGUUAUUUUAACAAGACGGGAAAAAUUUAAAAGACUUAAAACUUGUGGGUCACAGCAGGGUGGCUUUUGGAGUUUUGGACCACUUUAUAAUUAGCUGAAAUCCAAAUAUGUUACAGUGCAGGCCGUUCACGUUGACAAUGGUACUAACUUAUUUCUCUAGAAACCUUUAGAGUAGAUAUAUUUUUGUCAAAGCACCCCAUCCUUCCUCGAUUUAAAUUUCAAUAUUGUUCCUGGAGAUAUUUCUGUAUAUUAAUGGUACCUUUUUUAAAAGAAACAGAAAAUUACUUUUUUCUAUAUUAAUUAAUAUCUUACUUGAUCUGCUUUUCCUUGACUUUCCCUUAGAGAAGGGGGUAGGGUUGGGUCAGUUUACUGGAUAUGACUGUUUUCAGAUACUUACAAACCUUUUUGUAGAUAUGCUUAAUUUUUAAGCGAUUAGGCACUGAGAGUAGCAGAAAUCCUGCAAAGCUUUAUAGUUCACUAGGCAUUUGCCUUUGUUGGUUCUCUGAGUGAUGUCUUGAUUUGAGUAGCUAGAAUUUUCCCUGAAUCUAUUAGAAGGGGUAUCAGUAUUUUCAGGUAACAAAGUCUGUUAGCACAACAAAAACUUCAGACCAAUAUCUUACUGUAUUGGGGUUGGGUUUUUUUCCUUGUUUGUUUUGUUUUAAUUUUUAUUAAUUUCAGCUGCUUUCAUUUUGGAAAAUCUUACUGCUAUUUUGUGUACUUCAGUAUACCAGCAAACACUGUUACCUGUUAACACAUUGUCCACAAAUGCCUCUAGAGAAGAAAUUGUUGCACCUUAUGUAUAUCUCAAGCAAACCAAAAUAUGAUGCUUUUCUGCUUUGUUUAUUCUGAAUAUGUUGUAUCAUACUUUACUGAACCCAUUUUAACUUAGCUAAAGCUAUCAAUAUUUAUGCAUUUCACAUUAUUUUCUGGAUCUGAACCUGUGUAUAAAUCUUUCUUUGAAAAAAAGACAAGCAUUUACUGUAGUUGUCCUCUAUGACUUAUCCAUGGGAGGGGGGAAUCUUGUCUCAAGUGUAAAAUGCAGUACUGUCCCAGUUUUCCUUGGCUUUUAUUUAUUUAGUCAUCUUCAAUAUUUCAUAGUUCUGAGGCAUAUGAAACGCAUUGUCAUAGCCGAAGCUACAGAUCUAAGAAGCUGGGAGAAAAUUACUGUAAUGUCUUCUUAAUUGUUCUAGUACUGUAUUCAGAUAUGGGAAAUAUGUUCUGCAGAACAUUUGAGAUGCAGAUUCUUAUCCCCACAGUAGGCUAUUUUCCAGGUAUUAGACCAAAUCAAUCAAAACUUCAUAUCUUACAGGUUUUUUCUGACUAAAUUAUUCUGAAUCCAUUUAUGGAGAUUACUUAAUGCUCUGCUCUUGGCAGUAAGUACCCCUUGAAUGUGCUGUGAUUUCAGAAAAGAAUAUAUUUAUUUAAGCUCUCUGAAUGCUCUUUUAUACUAAUACGGUAUCCCAAAGUCAGGAGCAAGAGAUUUCUUGGUAGUUUGGGUUUCUAUUUUAUAGCACUGGUGCAUGACUUUUGAAAUUAAAGUGAUAAGAGUUGUGGGAAAGGGGCACAAGAACAAGGGACUGGUAGAAGUGUGUGGAUUUGUGGUGUUUAAAUUCCAGCUUUGAUCUUCAUUAUUUGGGUGAAAGCUGCCUUUGUAGCACAAGGUUGAAGAGCAUUCUGUAGUUUGUAUCAAGUAGAGAGUUGUGCAUCAUGUCAGUACAAGGAAAUGCCUUAUAGUUUGGAUGCUGUCUUUUGCAACAGGAUAUUAAUUGAAACAACUGAACCAACUGAAAGCAAGUUAUAGACAUGGGGCAGCUAAGAGCAUGUAAGGAAAGCUGUCCUUUAUUCUCAGUAUGGCAACGUUAUGGCAACGAAGGGGAAUUAGAAAAGAAUUUAGAUGUGUAAAUAUAGGGGGGGGGUUUGUGUGACUCUGUGUGUGUGUGUGUGUGUGUGUGUGUGUGUGUGUGUGUGUGUGUGUGUGUGCACCUGUGUGUGCCUGGGUGUGUACAUUCUGCAAAAAAAUGAUGUAGGAAACCAGAAACAUGAUGGGUCUACAAGACACUAUAAUGUAUGUCGACCCUUUUGAGUGCACUCCCUUUUUUUUGAAUGCUGAGUCUAAUAUGGCUACCUCUCCUAAAAGACUACUUUUGUUAACUUCCAUUUGCUUUCAGGCUUGAUCACGUAAUCUUUUUGGCCAUUGAUACCAUUUGUAUAUCAUUGUGUGCUUUAUUUUCCAAGAGCAACAUUUAUAUAGCGCAGACACCAUAAAGGCUAAAUAUACAGUGGUAGCCAAACUGUGUUGCUGGAACAUUUUUCAGUCUCUGCCACAGUCAUAUGGGUUGCAGGAUCCACUAGCUCUGCUUGGUUCAGUGAGAUCAGUUUCUGUAAGAGCAGAAGAUGCAGUGCUUGAGGGGUGGUGGACUUGUGAUGUUUCCAGAGGUGUUGAGUAAGCCACGUGCUGCUCUUGAAACAACUUCUGGAGUUUACGCUCGCAGUCCUGACUGUGCAACUUGGGUGUUGUAUACCUUACGUUAUCCAUUAGAUGCUGUUUGUUAGCUGUGCUUGUUUGAUAGAUUGUAGCGCUCCUUUGCCAUGUUUUGCAAUAUUCAUGGCAUUCUCCCUACCCUGUGCAUAUUUUUGAACUGUCAACUACAGCUGCCAGGAUGCUGACGCCCUUCAGGACACUUCAGGAGCAUGAACAAGUACAUAUUUAGGCUGCGAAAGUCUUACUUGCCUCCUCCCCUGAAUUCCCCUAGGAAAAGGCACAAUGAGGUUUAUGGUCUCACCGAAGUACUACCAUAGUCAUUUAUAUACUCGGUAUUCUGUACUGAAUUGACAGCUUUGAAGAAGCUUAUAAGACAGAUGUCUAUUUCAUGUUCCCCCACUAAUGCUUUGAUAGCAGCAAUCUAGGAAGACUUGACAUGAGAUCUCCACUCAGUAACACACCCAGGCUUGGGCUGAAAACCCUUCUUCCUUAAGGGGCAGCAUUGUUGUUGGUACUGUGACAGUUGUGGGAGCCCUGAUCACGGACCACUAUGCUCUUGGAUUUAAGUAAGGGCUUGCAUGAUGUUCCUGGGGGAAGCACAUCAUCAUGACCUAGGGCCUUAAUUGAGGUGGAAUUUUAAAAACUACUGCAAAUAGCUUAACAUUUGUGGAGUUCUUACAAAGAAUUAUAUUGUAGUUUCUGGAUCUUGGCUGUUUAGCAUAUACCAGCAGACCUGUGCUGUACUCCACUGGAAAAACCACAUCUGUUCAGGAAAACUGACUGGGCUCCCGAAUGUAAUGCUUGUUUGCUUUUUUCAUCUCCAAGCUGAAACCUUGUUUGCCCCUCAGUACUGCUACACUCCAAUCAGUGGUUGGGUCUUGGAGGGCAACAAAAGCAGGACAGGCAUGUACAUGCAUGUGUCUGCACGUGUGUGUACGUACACAUACACACAGCAGAGUGCAGUGGCUUCCAGCAUGUACUCUGUGCUAAAGUGUUCCCAUGUUUGCUCAUAAAACAACUUUGAAGUUUUUCAGAUGAUAGUUUUCCAACUUCCUUGCUAGAUUUUGGUAUCUUUUCUUCACAUCACACAGCAUAAGGUGUGAGUUUCAGAAAUCACAUCUGAAAAAAGCACAGAUCCUGCUGACCUGGAUGCUGCAAAAACCUUCUUUCUCAGCAGUGCUUGCUUUUAAUAACCAGUAUCUGUUGACAGUUUCAACACAACUGAUUUGCUAUGAUCUUUUAUCUUGGAGCCCAAUCCUUCAACUCCUGUUCUCACAUGUAUUUCCACUGAAUUUUGACCUAGUAUAUAGUUUUAUUCUCUCCAAAGUUUGGUGUAAACAUGCCUUACAAUAGUUCAUCUCCAUCAAUAGUAUAACAGAGCUACUGCCUUCUUAGUUGUGUGUAGUUAAGUCAGUAAGCACAUUUAUAGAAUGUCAUACUUUACUCAAAAACCUCUAAUUUGAUAGUUCUAAGCACAUGAUAAGUCAUGUGUAUAACAUGCUAAAGUACAUCAAACUGUGAUAUUGAAGCUCAAUAAAAGAUUUAAUAAAAUAUUUGAAAUAUUUUAUAAGGACCUUUAAAUAGAUUUCUUUAUUUUCAUUCUAUUUUGGUUAUCUAGCAUGUGCCUGUAAACAGUUUCCCAUUUAAAACUAAUGAUUGCAAAUAAAUACUAUUCAAAUUGAGCUUCUUUGAUACUUAACCUGCUUUACCAUCAAAUGAUUGUUUACUUUAACAUAGGCUGAGGUGGCAGUAUUUGCAGAAUUUGGUUUUAGCUACAGUAUAAACUUGUUGGGGUGUUUAUAUUUAAACAAGCUCAUUUUCACCAGAAAAUGGAAGAUGCCAAAACCCAGAGAUGGAUCCUCAGAACUGUAUGCUGUAGUUUUCUGUCAGGUCAUCCACUCAGCUUCUACACAAUGACUGUGAAGAUGCCAUUUACUUUUCAAAGAACUUCUGCCCAAUUGUUCUUCCUUACAUGUGUCUGUACUGAGAGCUUCCAUUUUAUUAUUUAGAACUUCUGAGCCCAGCUGACAUUGCUUUGAAGAUCCACAGAUCCAUUCAGUUGCCCCAGAAUUCUGUGGACUUACAUUGCAUGAAGCUGGAGAUUGUGGGACAGAGAGAGACAGGACUCGGUGCAGUUAGGCUUUUGAAGAAAAUUUGCAUUUUCUUCUGAGCUUUCUAGGUAUCUACUUUAUUUUUGUGGAUUUUGUCUUCUUUGCACAAUUCGGAAGCUUGUUGAUAGUCAACAGAGAUAAAAGAGAAGUCGUCCCAAAGAAAAAGCUCUUGCUAUGAUUUCAGUCUUUGGACAUAAGAGAACUUACUCAGGAAUGGUUUCUCUUUUAGAAAUAAGUAGCAAGUGAUAUCAAUGCCUAAACGUAAAUUUCCCACUACUUUGGAAACUUGUUUAAACCAGGAAUCUGCUCUGUGCAUAUAUUUUACCCUCUUGAGGCUUGAAAAUUAGACUGUUUGAGAUCUUCUCUUUUUCCGUCCUUGGAUGCCUGAAACCUCCGUGGUUGCCAUGUAUUUUUUAGUCACAGAAGACCCCAGAACAGACUUCAUGAAGCCAGUAGACACUGGCUGCUCACAUGGGUGCAGAUCUGUCUCUGAGUCAAAAGCAGCAGAAGGGGAAACCUUUAGGUUUUUUUAUCUAUGUGCUAUUUACUCAGGAAAGAAGAAACGUAUGCAAUCUUGCACUGCCUUUACUGGGUAUGCGUCAGUAUCUCUGCAAAGAAACGCCAGGAAUGGAAAAGCUUCAGCCUUAAAGGCCAUGUAAAGGUCAUGGGAAAGGGGAAGGAAAGUUCUGAUUCAGUGAGCAAAAAAAAUAUAAGCAAUUUUAAGAAAUGCAAGUUCUGUCAGUAUCGGAUGCCUUGUUAGGGACCUUGAAGUUGCUAUUCACUUUUUUUACUACUAAAUUACCUUAAAACAGGUGUCUUCAUUCCUUGAAGUCCCAUCUUUUCUCCUCUGUUCUCAUUUGGUUCUUCCAACUAAAAAAGUGCUGAAUUCAGCUAAUUCUCAGAGCAUCUAGAUCUGGUUUAUUACCCAGCUCUCACUCAGGUUGCUUUUUCCAACUGCAUGGCAUUUCACUGAGUCUUAACUGUCAGGUAAGGUAAAUUUCCACUAAUACUUCUGGAAAAACACAGGUUGGAAAGGCAUCAUCCAACUCAAGAACCAUGCUUUGCUAGACACUGCUAUUCUCCCCUCGAUACCAUUGUUGGGUCCCUUUCGUUGUUCAUUCUGGAGUUUUUUAAUGUACAGCUAACCCUGCUUUCAGAGAGACCUUUUUUUCCUACAAUGUGACAACAUGGAGUGAGACACACAGUAUACCUGGGCAUACAGUAGCCAUGCUAUACACCAGCUCAGGUGGCUGUCGAUUCUCCAGUAGGACACUAGCACUUUGUAACAAACUAUGAGAUGCAUUCCUGUCUCUGCUGCAAAGUUCUGUUUUGUUUUGUUUACUGAAAUAAAACCUGUAAGAUACAACAUCUACCUUCUAUCCAGUGUCAAAUUCUUUUUUUUUUUUUUUUGUGGACUGUUUUUGGCACAGCAACAGUAAGAAAUUGAACUCUAAUACAGUUGUAUUUAGAAUAUACUUGAAAUUUCAAGUAUAUUUUAAAUAUACUUGAAAUAUAAAGGCUUUAUUGGUUGUUUUCUGAUUGGAGAAUUAUUAGAUGUUCAGCAGAAGUGCACUGGCCCGCAGUGUUGCUGCUACAAGCCCAGCUGAAAUUCCAGUUGAAAAUCCAGCCUAUAUGAAGUACAAAAUACAAAACGUAUUCCAUAUAGAGCAGCACUUCAGCUUAUUUGUCAGCCUGUGAAAAAAAAGGAACUAAUUGAAAUAGACUCAAAAGUCAAGCCGGUUGAGUCAGAGUGACAUGCUUAGCAUUGCAUCACAUUAAGAGAAGGCAGGUUGCUAUCAAACAACAUCCAAUUUUAGAAAACAACAAGGGUGGGAAAGAGAAAACUGGAGGUCCUGGGAGGUGUCCUUCCACUCCAAAAGAAGUUUUUGGAGUACAAGUUUCAUAUAUGGCCACCAAAGACUUCCCAGUUACAGCAGACCAUCAGGCUUCAGUCAGACCAAUCUGAGCAUCAAUUCCUUUCCUUCCUAUUAAGGAUGGGUUCCCUUAUGCCUGGUCAGCACAACUGGGUUAUUAAAACACUCUGCUGUUUUUAGGAGUUAGGGAGACUUUGGAAAUCAAAUACUGCCAAUCUGUCAAUAGUUUAGGAUACUUAGUUUUGGUUUCAAUGUCCAAUAAUGGCUUUUGUAAAUGGCUUUGGAGUUCAUGUGUUUUCAGUCUUGCAAAACCAAUGUCAUUGAUUCAGGCAGCCUGCAGCAUGCCAUUGCCAUUGGCAUCAGUCAGAGAUAUGUCAUUUGAAGCAAAUUCACUGCAUAUCUCUCUUGACAGACAGACAAUUCCCUGUUACAUGCAUGAUUCAUCUGGUUUGGGACUCUCAGCUGUAGUGUUUGUCAUGAAGCUGGGUUCUGGCAGGGGGAGGUUCUUUCACUACAAGCCUCUCCACUUCAGGGUGGCAAAAAGUUUGUCAAUGUCUCGACAACUUUGUGUGGGCUCUGUGCUUGCCUGCAGCUGCUGAGUUAGAUUUCUGUAGUACAAAGUGAAACAAAUCCAGCUGGGAACUCGAUGUGAAGUUGGACCUUCAUGAGCUUUCAGGUUUCAGUAGGCGGUACAGAGAUUGACAGGUUGUGGCAACAAGGCUGUGUUUGCUUUUGUUUUGAAGAGCAGAGUUUUCUAGCAGAACUAAGGUGGCAGGGAAAUUACCUUCACAGCAGAUGGACAAUUCAUUGUCUUCAAGAGGUUCCAGUUUCAAGAGCAAGGUUUGCCAAGUGGUCUAAAAACAGAAAUUGCAGUUCAAGUCUGUGGCUUGCAAUGGAUGCUGUGUUUUGCUUCAGUGACUACAGCAGUAACUUUUCAGUUAGAAAUAAUGUGUGAGGUGCUUGAGGGGUGAUGCAGCUCUCAACCGUCCCAUUGCUCCCAGAUGACAGAUGUAUUUGGCACUUAGUGUAAGUGUUGCUAUUGAGUGCUUCCCUGCAAGUACAUCAUAAAUAAUAUUGAGUGCUCAUCCUUAUUUGAAUCAGUAAUUAAGAAAAUUCUUUUUGCUGUCUUAAGAAAAUACACCAUGCUUGGCUGGAACAAGGCAUAGUUGUACACUGGAAAGUAAUGGAGGGAAGCAUUUGCUGUGUGACUGUUUAAUCUUGAUACAUAAUUUUUUUCAAAACAUCUUUGCUAGUAUUUGUCUGUAGUGCACCACAUUUAGGACAUAGUUAAUUGAGCUCUGGGAUCUUUCAAAGUGAAGGUAACUACUUACUUCUUGCACAGAAAUUCAUGCCAGCAAGGAAGUCAUCCUUAGGGAUGAAGGGUUGCAUUUUUGAAAUAACUAAUUUAUGAGGAUUUUACUCAUGAUAUGUUUCAUGGGUGAGAACCUUGAAAACACCAUAAUACACAAGAGUCACUAUAAAAGCAGUAGCUUCAUGUUCAUGGAUUCUGUUAAUCUACAACUAAUUUAAAGAACCUAGAAGAAAAAAUAGAUAUUUCCUGUUCCACCUUGACACAGUGGUUCUCUAGUUGAAGGCCGAGGGUUGCCAGCAGGGAUUUAAAAGCAUUUUUAAUGAUGAGAUGAAAAUGUAUUCCUCAGGAAAUACUCAGUGUGCUUUGCAAGAUGAGCAACUUUUUAGUACUUUCGAUAAAUAAAACCACAAACACAGCUAUUUCAACAGUCUUAAGAUAAAUAGAAAGUGGCAAAUUGAAUUUUUUAGAUGCUGUGAGUUGCCUCAGACAUAGAUGGGUGUCCCUCAGCAUUGCUGGCUUGUCACACCUGACAGUGCCUGUGGGAGGAUGUGGUGGCAUGCCUGGAAUGUGCAUUUGUAUCCAGCAUUAAACCAGCAUCCCACAAAUCUCAGCUGCUGGAAAUCCGUUUCCAUUGAGAUAGAAGGGACAUAAACAGCAUAAAAGCUGUUUAAAAAGAACUGGUUGGGUUUUUUGUCCCACUGAAAAUGCUGUAUAUUUGGUAGAGACAGAUUUCUUCCUUGGAUGGUUUUCUUUAUGUUGUUGUAGGAAGUUGGGAACACCAAGCUUCACUUGCAGAUCUUUCACCUUGCUUUUCAAUUAUCUUGCCUUUCUCUCCUCUUGUUUUGAGAGGCUGAACACUUGGUAGACGUCGGUGGCAAAAUAUACCACAGAUUUUCAGUGGGAUGGACAGUAUAUCACACCAUCCCAAGCUACUGCGUAACUCUGAAAAACCUGCAGUAGUUUUUUAAUUAUUAUUUUAAGAACAGUUUUCCUGGACUACGGCUGUGCAUCAAACACAGCUUCUGCAAAAAGAUAGGCAGAGGGGGUGGGAUCCUGCUGGGAAGUGAAUAGAGCAGCAAACCUGGGCUACCCAGGCCUUUCUUGUGCCCUAGUUCUCUGUAGGAAAGCCCACCAGUGCCAGAGCCAGGUACCCAGCAGGUUUUUGAAACCUGAUAAAUUAUUUCUUUCUCCUAGCAGUUUAUUGUGAGAGUAGAUUCACAGUUUAUGAGUAUUUGGCCAGGUUAAUUUUGUAGUGCAUGGCUUAAAUUCACUUUUUUUUUUUUAAAGUCAAACCGAACCCCCUUCAGUAGUGCAUAUUAGACCUAAAACAUUCACAAGAACUCAUGCUAAGCUUUACCUUGCAAAAUAAAACUCAACACAUUUCUAAAUUUUUUCAUUGAAGGAGGAAAAGGCAGCCCCCAGACGAUUACACUUUUCUCCAUAAUUACAGAAGAAAUCUUCAAAUAAACCUAAUACUGAUUUUUCCAAUUACCUUGCUCAUACAGCCUUGCCGAAGGCAGCAGGCACACAUGGGGGCAGCCUGUGGGAUCAGACAUGCAACAGUAUGGCUUUCCCUCCAGUGAAGGCACCCUCUCCAUCAGAAAGCUGUGCAGCAGCCCCACUGCAUCCAAAGGGAUGGGAUAAGGGAUGCCAGCUGCCAGGUGCUGCAGACAACUGCGGUUUGAGUUGCACCUGCAGGGCUCACAUAGCCAAGGGCUCUUGCCCUGCAAGUCUUGUCAGCUCAUAAAAUGUUGCUUUUAAUUUCUGUGUCUUUCACCUGCUUGUGUUUGAAAGCUUUUCUAGGUACUUUGCAUGGCAGAGGUUGUGUUGGGAAUAAAGUUCCCUGCAGGUUUGAGUUGUUACAGUCAGAGAUUGGCAGUGGAAGCACUGGAUACUUGCUGUUGUAAACUUCAUCCGUCUCCUUGAAAUACUGUUGUGAUGGUUAUUGUCUCAAGGCUCUGUGCACAUGGCGUAAUUGCUGAUGUAAAGACAUUUUUUAUCCUCCUAUUAUUGUUACUGAGCACUACUUUCAUCAAGAAACAUGAACUGGGGAAGGAUGCCACAGACUUUCACAAUAAAAUAUGUCCCUAUAUGAUCUUUUUUCACCUAUGUGAAAUUUAUAAAUAGGGGUGGGGGAUUACCUCAGGGUCCAAACAAUCCUGUAAGGAAAGACCACCACCUCCAUAAAUCAAAUUCUGCAUUUUCUGCUUGUGUUUCUAAGUUGCUAAAGAAAUUGCUUACUGCAGAAAUGGUGAACAGAUGGAUUCCCACUGCCAUCCAUAGGUGGGCGUGGCAGACCAGUGUGGCUGCUGCUGUUUGUUCACUUCCUUUCACUCCUUGUAGGUUGACUGCUGUUAUGUUGCUGCAUUAAUUGUGCACUAUAAGCCAGCUGAGAUGAGCUGGGGGUUGAAGGUCAGCUUUGGGCAAUCAUAUUACAUGAAAUGCAGCAUCGCACAUCAUCAUCACAGCAGUGCUGGUAUUUCCUAAAGGUCUUUCAUCUUGAUGUUUGUGAAUGCCUGUUUUAAAAUGCCCAGGCUCCUAGCUUGACUUUUUUAAUUUUCUUCUUUUUUUCCAAGACAGUUAUGUUUAAUGUAAACCACAUAAUUAUUUGGGCUACUUGUAGCAGAUUUUAGAAACCAGAAUGCCCAACCCAUGCAACUCAUGGGCAAGAGCCAGUGAAGGGUAUUUAAAAGAGGCAGUGGUUCUUAUCAGUGUGAGGUUUUCUUGUUCAUUAUCAACUUGUCAGCAUUUUUCAAGAUGGAAAAAGGCUGAAGGAGGGCUUUCUGUGACUGCUUUUGAAUGUCAGGGUGAACAUUUCUGUAUAUUCUUCUUUGUUUGCUGUUCCCCACUUCCAUCUUUUUUCAGGGUGAUUAUAGAAUUAGACAGGGUUUUGGUGGUGUGUGAGGAAAGUGUAAGCUGACUCUUAAUAGGAUGUCUGAAGUGCUUGUGUGUGUUUCUGGACAAACGGCAAGCUAAGGCAGAAAACCAAACAGCCAGACAGGAUAUUAAACACAUCCUGGGUUGUGGCAGGAUGAGAUCUUGGCAGUAUUUACUUGGUGCAGAGUCACAGGGCCAAAAGGGACUUGGAGACAUCAGCUAGACAUUUUCCAAGGCAGAUUAAGCUAUACUUAGCACAGACCUGAUGGGUGGAUGGGUGAGUGUUGAACUUGUCCUUAAAAGCUUCUAAUAGUGGAGAAUCAGCCAUUUCCCAUGCUGUUUUUUCCAGUGUUUGACUGUCUUUUUGAGGGUGGUUUAUUCCCCCAGUGCCUAAGUACAAAAUUUUAGGGUAUAGGAGAAAAAGACAGUGCCCUCAAAUGACAUUAGAUAGAGGAGCAUUUUAGCUGUUUUUAUAAAUGCAACAUAAAAAAUAAUGGUCAGAUAAAAUCUGAGACAAGAUUUUCAAGGAGUGCCAGCCCAAAUUUGCUCACUACAGGACUCCUCCAUGCCUUUAAAAAACUCUUUCUUCAAAUGGUGUGUCAGGUUGAUGGUUAAUAGCCAUAUCAGAAAGGUUCAAAGAGACCUUUCUCCUCGUGCUGUGUUUUCUAUCCAGUAGUUGCCUUCAAUUCUUUUUUUACAGAGUUCAGACAGUGAAAAAACAGCCAAACCAAAAAAUCCCCAGCCCCAAACCAACCCAGCUUGCCAUCCUUUUUCCUUGCUACCCUUUUCAGAUACUACAAGGCCAUCAGUAAAGCCAUAUUACAAGGAGGAAACCAAAGGAGAAUAUAAUCCAUUUAUUUAGGCAGUGCUUAUGCCAGCCACAGCAAAAGGCUGGAGAGCCGGCAGGGGCCAGAGCCUUCCCUUAGCCUACAGCUGUCCUCUCCCUGCUGCCUCCUGCCUUGGAAACAGCCUUUUUCCUUACUAUCCUCUGGUGAGAUGCUGCUGGCAAGGCACCACCUGUGCUUGCAGCAAGAUCCCUGCCUGGGGUCUGAUGCAGCCUCUCCCUGAAGACACGGGAAAAGCUGCGUGCAGUGGUGUUGGCAGUGCAGGGACCAGGACAUGCCUGGGUCUCUGCUUUGAGACAGGGACCCAUGGCUGUGCCUGCAAUACUCUCUCCAGCUCCAAACUAGGACUAGAGGAAUAAUUUUGAAACAGUUAGGAGACUAACAGAGCAGGGCCAGUGAACACAAGAGCUGUGCACUCCCCUGUGACCUCUGCACCAGUUUAGCUGAAGCAAUGACACAGUUUAUUGAGAAGUCUCUGGAUUACAGUCCAUGCUGAGAACCCAUUACUGGAAAGAGGCAUCCAGUGAAGAAGCAAAGGGUAGAGCACAUCCCUCAAGGUGGGAAGUUGCCUUCCUUUUGUGCCUGUUGUGGUUCAUCAGGAGGCUCUCAGCCUGGACUCCUGACUGCUGGACCUGCUGCCCUGUGCCUGGUGCCAGGGCUUUGCCUCACUCACCAGAAGCCGCAGGCUUGCAAGAAAUGGGUCGGCAAAUAUCUUACACUCUACUGGUCCAGGCACCAGACGGAGAUCACCCCAGCCAUGCUGGCAUGUGCUGGGACCCUGCCCCAGGCCACACAGCUCUGCUCUUCUGCAUGGCCACACGAAGCUCAAGGGGGAGAAGGCAAUGGCAAAGCCCCCUGGCCCCCGUGGCAGCCGGCACUGGUGCCUCCUGCAGUGCAGAGCAGCCCUUUGUAGCCCCACACUGCUGUGGUCAGGGCCAGCAACACUGCCCAUGGCUGCUAAGACUGCGAGCACCAGCCCUGCGCAGCCAUGGCCUCGGCAGGAACAGCUGCAGGCAGUGCAGAGAUGACCCUGCUGCCAGAGGCAUUCAUUGCCUGUUGUCUGCUGGGGUACCCCAAGGUCCCGUUGAGCUGCUCCAUGUGGUGGCACAGAGCUGGGCACUGACGCCCAGGGAGUCACAGCAAAGCAGCACAGGGAUUUUGUGCUGUGUUGAAGAGCUGAAACAAGUGGUACCGCUGGCAGGACACAAAGCAGAGGCUUCCUAUAGAUGCUUGUUCCAGGUGACAUCUGGCCCCAGUUAAGGGCAUGGAUAUGGCAACGAGCUUGGAUGGAUGGGGCACCCAGGUCUGUUCAGUUCUAGUUUGAGCCUUUGAUUAAAUCCCUGUACUGACCAAAGACUGACUUUGAACGGCAGUAUCUUCACAGACAACCUUCCUGCAGAAGUUGGCAUUCUCCAAGCACUGAGAGAGAAAAUAUUUAAUGGCUUAAAAAGGAAAAGGGGACAGUGGAGCAGUUUAGAAAAUGCAAUUUCUUCAACAACUUUGUGAUUGGAAGAACUGGCACUAUAAAAGGGGAAACCAAACUUUUGGGAGGGAUGAAAUUAUUUUCCCCAAGCCCAAUAAUCACCCUGGCUUAGAGCUAGGAGUUUUUGCUCCUGUUGUCACACACAAACUGUGAAAUAUGGUACAUGCCUAUCAGGCUGCACUUCAGUUGCAAAUUAACUAGUAUGUUCAGUAGUCCUCGCUUUCACCGUCAAUGUAGUCUUUAGUGAUGCCUGGGGAAGGAAAAGUGGUUUUCCUCCAUGUUCCACAGUUUUUCUCCUGCUCUCAUAAACUCUUAAUCCUUUGUGCUCCCCUUGAUUUUCUCAGUGCUGCUUAGCCCUGGGAACCUACCUGGAAUAAGUAAAAACAAGUUACAGUGGAGACAAAAGUGACAAAAAAAAGUUGCGCUUUACAGCAGAUCUACCAGAGUCAACCAAGGUAUGAUUUCCAAAUUAUACCCGGUUACUCAGUAGUCAAAAAACACAAGAGCAGCCAGUACAGAUGAAUAUUCACCUGAUUUUACAGUGUAAUUGCUUCUCACUUAAAGUUUGCCCUUUUUCCCCUUUCUCCCAGUAUAACAAUGUGCUUCCUGCAUUUUCCCUGCUCUUGAGUAUCAGCAUGUGCUUUGAGUCCUGUAGAGCUGGAGAGGAAUUACUAACAGAAUUUGAAAAAUAACUCUGAUCCUCUUACCCUUGCAUGCUCUUAAAAUUCUUAUCAAAACUAAAAAAAAAAAAAAAAAAAAAAAAAAAAAAGGGGGGGGGCAUUUCUCUUGUGUUGUGCUUGCACAGUGUCAGUAAGGUGAAGUGAUGCUCUGUGGUGGUGCAGACACUGAAGUGACUGCAUUUAAACAGUGUUCCUACACAUUGUCCUUCCUGAUAUAGCCAUAAAGCUCAGCUUCCAGCUUUUGUGUGCAUCCCUUUUCUUGUGGUACUUUUCUGCCUGCUCCCAGUGGGUACCUGGAUGGGACAAAGAAGGAUACCUGCUGCUCAGAUAGCUAAGAUUGCUUUUGAGUUCGCUUGAAGACCCAGUCAGGAACUUUCUGUCUUUACUGUUUUGUAAUCAAAGAUGCAGCAGAGGGCACAGCUCAGCCAGGACGCAUUUGCCAGGCUGCGUGCUCAUGGUAGGUGUGCUCUUGGGUACAGACCACCCUUCUUUCCCUCACACUGCAAAUACAUCCUGUUCCAUCAGGGCAUCCUUCUUACAAAUACCUUUUUUUAAGCUCCCCUAUCAAAAUGUCAGAAUUAUUAGGGGAAACUGUUUGCUUAUUGCCACACUUUCCUUGAUAUAUCUUUGUGCUGUGUCAAAGAUGGCUUCUGUUGAGUGUGUGCUUUUGUCCAGAGGUUGGAGCUUGCUCUGGAGGCUGUUUCUGCCUGGCUGGGGGGCCCAGGGGAACAAUGGUCUUUUGUGCAGGUAGGACUGUGCUGGAUCCUGGUUUGCCAGGAAAUGCAGCAGGCUGUGGGGGAUACCCUCAACACUAGUGUAGUACCUGAGGCAGAGCAACUGUGUUUCAGUGUAUGAUCACUGAUUUGGGAAGAGGCUUCUAGAAACCCUCAGGCAGGGAGUGUGUUAAGUGACAUCUGUGUCAUGAAUAAAGGUGACGUGGCAUCUCAUGUGAGCAGCGAGGGAUGGGCUGAGAGCAAAGUGAUACCACUUACAAGAGGGGCCUCACCCCUCUAUCCCUGUUUUUAGGAGGAAAUCCAUUGGAAGGGCACUGCCUUCCAUGUGCGUGCUUCCACUUUGCCUUUGUGAGUGGACCCCAAGACACAAACAGGGAGCAGACUGGAAAACGGUGGAACAAAAGGCACCCUAGGCCUUACUGGGCCUUUAUGGUACUCCCUGCAAAUGUCUCUCCCUUCCUCAUCCCCUACUGGUGGUUUGGGCUUGGCUCUUGGGCAGCAGCAGCACACAGCACUCUGCUCCCUGCCUGCUGUGGGGAGCACGAGGCUCACAUGGCCCAGUUGGAGAUUUGACCAAAAUGCGUUAAAAGCAUUUCCUCAAAUAGUCAGCUUUAAUUUUAAUAAGUCAUAUUUAGUAGCCUUAAGGACACUGGCUGUGUGAAAGGGAAAGGGUUAUGUCCUGAAAGCAAAGUCGGAUGAAUGGGUGCCGUGUGAAGGGCUGCUGAGAGUUUGGUGUUGGGUGAGAGGCAUCACAUCUUCCUUAAGAGAGAGGAGCCCUUGCUGUGUGGUUGAAAAACAUGGUGUGGUGGGAUUGACAGGGGAAGCACUUUGACUGAGAAAUGUUCUUUUAGAUUAAACAACGAAUUUCUGCAUGCACAUACAGACUAGAUCUUUGUAAUGCGGCAGGCUUUGACAGUGUACUGCAGCAUUAUUGCUAUUUAUAAUCAACAAUUACUAACACUAUAAUCCAGUAAAUUUAGUGGUAGCAAUUACAGCAACAUAAAUAGCAAUCCAGAUGACUAAAGGCAUUGCUGUCAAUGCAGGUUGCAGCUAUAACAUUAGACAAAGAAGUUGGAGGGAAGAUAUCAAGACUCGAUAUGUCAGCUUGGGUCUGCUAGUCUUUUAUAUACCAUUUUUAAUAUACUUCCUGAAAUGAAGCUUCAGAAAGGUACACUGCCUCUUUAAAAUUAGUCUAGGAACUACAGGUAGUUCACAUUAUUUUUAAAAUAAUAAAUCUCUAUAUAUAUCUAUAUUAAAAUAUAUAUGUAUACAUAAGUUUGCUAGCCUACCUUGUGGAAAGGCUGCAGCUAAACUAAGUCUGAGCUAAUAUUGUAUUACCAUGGUCUUCUGGUUUGUAGAUAGCCCUUCCUUAUUAGAUGAGGUUCUGUUCUUGCUCCACAGAAGGUGCCUGUGUACAUAACUCCUUUGUAUUGCUUUCUGCAGAGUCCCUUAUAUAUUUCUUACUACUAAUGCUGUGUAGAAAAGGAAAUCCAGAGAUUUUACUACUGAUAAUUAACCAUUAAUGGCCAUUAGCAAAAUAAAGAUUUAGUUGUUUGAGAAACAGAUUAUUUAUAUUGUGUAUGGUUUAUUGCCUGAUAACUUGUUUGGUGACUGGAUAUUCUUUUCCUUCUCCUGGUCCUUUUCUGCUUUUUCCAGCUAUGGUGUUUACUCCUCACUUUGAUUAUUAGCAGGCAAUAAAGUAUAUUGUAUGUUUUGAA